AUGUCAGAACCCAGCAACGAGAGUUCCGCAGAUGACGUGGACGUAGAAGAUGCAGAGCAGGAUCAGAGACCGAACAGAUGGCAAGGCCCGCCGUCGACGUGGACGUCGCUCACGGAAGCCGAGAGAGAACUGGCAGCGAGUCUGGACGCGCUAAGGAAUGGGGAACUGGGUGUGCAUUUAUAUAAUGCUUUCGCGCUGAAACGGCGGGCCUCGGAACUAGACGGGAAAGAAAGUGGCGGUGCGGAUGCAGGAGAUCGAACCUGGAGGCCCCCGAACUACUGGACUGCGUGGCCGCUGCCCCCGGGUGAUGUACCGAGGAAUGGGGAAAUAAUUGGGCCGCAGGAGAAGGAUGAAGAAUUCACGUAUAGGCGAGGAGUUGAUGCGGCGCCGAGUCGGGAGAUGGAGGAUGUUCUGGUGGGCUUGCGCCUGAGAUUUGCGAAGGAGAGGUUUGAGGGGAGGAAAUCUGAUGGAGAGGAUGGAGUGUUUCAUGACAAGGGAAAAGCGAGACGCAGGGUUGAGGAGCAGGAUGAGACGAAUCUUACGGGGAGUGAUGAUGUGCAGUCUUCUCAAGAUGAGGAAGCAACCGAGGAACCUGUUGUCAAAAAGGCAUCAAGCCCCCCACCGAAGAAGAAUCGGCUGAAGCCUGUGGUAUCAGCGGACGACGAGCGCUCUCGAGGACUUCUACUGCCUUCAGUCAGACACACGCUUGCUAAGCUUGAUGGAUUGUUGAUGGCAUUACAUCACGCGCGGAAAACAUGCCAUCGGUACUCGCACUCCGACGCUGGCACCACGGACGACGAAUCCAUACUCGGCAGCGCCGUCUCUGAAGCUCAUUCGGCGUCUAAGAGACCGCGUGGCCGGCCUAGGAGAUUCAAAAGCCUGCCCAACCGAUCGAUGGCCGGUUCCAUCUCUGUCACCGAGCCCGAGAAAACCGAUGCUGAAGAUUUACUCAGAAAGAAAACGAAAGGACCAGGUCGUCCUAUCAAGGUUUAUGAGAGACUAGAAGGGGAGUCCCAGCAGGAGUAUCUCGUAAGAGUCGCCAGGAUCCAGAAGAAGCCUCUCCCAGUAUUCGCGCCGCCCACAGCAUCUAAACGGGUGAAGUCUCCGUCUCCUACUAGACGACGGUCUCCAAUGAAAAGGGCAACUUCUAAGGAGUUGAGGGCUUCGAGACAGAAAAAAUUGGGCCUGAGGGAUUGGAGCGAGGUGAUUGGUAUGGCUGCACUUGUUGGGUUUCCAGAAGACGUGGUGGAGAGGGCUGCGAAGCGAUGUGCGAAUCUGUUUGGGGAGGGUAUGAGUGUUAGACGGCUGGUUGAGGUGCCGUUCUCUGAAGACAAAGAAGGGGAUGAUGUCCUUGCGCAAUACCUGCCCGAGAUGAUACCUCCCUUCCUCGAAGAUGAAGCCGAGCUGUCUUCCUCUAGCCAUCCAGAGCUCGACUCGGACGAAGAGGAUCAAGUUGUUGCAAAUGCUUCGACGAGUGGGAAGAAACUGACGUUUUGCCCUGUCCACGAUUGUCCCCGGAGACGGAAGGGGUUUGUCGAUGUUGCGGCGUUGAAGAGACAUCUUGAGCUUGUGCAUGGGAUUCAGAAGGAGGAAAUUGAAGAGUGGAUCUUGCCGAGUGAUGAGGAGAUGGAGGGGGCGGUUCAUGUUGAUGGGUUCUUGAGGCCACUGAAGAGCUUUGUAGGCUCAAGGGGGCGGUAUAGAAGGGAUAGGAGAAGGGGACAAGAAGUAGAUGCCAAUAGUGGGAGUGAGAGUGAGAGUGAGAGCGAGGGCGAAGGCGAAGGCGAGAGCAAGGGUGAGGAUGAGGAUGAGAGUGCGAGGAGUGAGCACGAGGAAGAGGAGAACAGGGUUCACGGUGGUGAACGUACAAGUAGGGAAUAG